AAACUUAUAAUUUAAGCCUUAUAACAGUCAUUUCAAUUCUUCUUCAAUGGCUCCAAUCACUGUAGGAGCUGUAAUUCCAGAUGGCACCUUAGCCUAUCUGGACGAAGAAAACAAACCCCAAUCUGUUUCAAUUCAUUCCCUCUCCGCCGCCAAAAAAGUCAUCAUCUUUGGUGUUCCCGGUGCCUUCACCCGCACUUGCAGUUUGAAGCAUGUACCUGGCUUCAUUGAGAGAGCAGAAGAAUUGAAAGGAAAGGGUGUUGAUGAAAUCAUCUGCAUCAGUGAUCAAAUAGUUUAUAUCUUAAGAUUUGUAUUUCGCCAGUUGCCGUAGACUCUUUCAAUUGCUUUCUGUUUCGCCAACCAAGCCUUUCUGUACGAAGGUCUGUAUUUGAACACAGAAACGCAAUGAGAAAUAAUUGUCUUCACCUUCAGGGAUGGGUCAGUUUCGACCAGAGGAAUGAUGGUAUGGCAUAUCAUGUCAUGACUGAGUUUUCGAUGAUCUUGCGCCAUGUUAGUGGUGACGCAGGUGUGGGCUUGAGAUAUCGAACGUAUCACCCACGCGUUAAACUUCUUUCUGAAUGAUGCCUUCAGCAUGUAUCCACAUUCCGGGUUUUUGCAUGCAAUAGUGACUCUCUCUGGAUUUGAUCGAUCGGCUUUAAAAUCAACACAAUUUGCUAAGUGCCAAUUUGCUAAUAUUAUUUUUUUUCAAUAUUAUAUAAUCUUAAAAUUUAUUUUAUAAUAUAAAUAUAACAUUGUUUUACUAACCAACUUCACAACUAUAUUAACCACAAAAAUAUAAGUUAUUGAUUAAUUAUUUUACUUAUAAUUCAUUAACUACUUCCACUACUUCAUUGACCAAUAAAAUAUAUAUUAUUAACCAUGUUCAGAAACUAAAUUAUAAAUAAGUUAAUUAACAUUUAUAUUCCAAAAAUAAUUUUAACAAGAUAGAUAAAAAAAACAAUAUAAAAAAUUUAUUGAAAAAUUGUUGUUAAAAAAAAAACUAAAAAAAAAAACUAACAAAAAUUAUUAAAACAUUGUAGUUAUUAAAAAAAAAAAUACUGAAAAAAAUUAGGAGGACAAUAUGUUAAAGAAAAAAAAAUUACAAAAAAAAAAAGAAAAAAUAAAAUAAAGGGGGGGUGUUGUCGCCAGGGGGGGUGGCGACAACACCUAAAAUUAACACAUGGGCGCCAGGCCCACUGGCGACUGCAUUGCAGGCCCAGUGUUGUCGCCACCCCCCCCCUGGCGACAACGUGUGUUUUUAAAAAAAAAAAUGACAUUUGUGUAAUUUUUUUGAAAUCUUGGUUAUUUCUGAAUUUUUUUUUAAAAAAAUGGUUAUUCAAAAAAAAAAUUCUUUUAUUUAAUCAAAAUUCAUAUAUCUAGUUUAUAGAUAUAUCAAUUAUUUAUUAAAAUAAAAAUUAAUUUUAUUUAA